CCGGACGCCAUUUUUAUUGUCUUUUAAGUCUUGCUAAGCGAAGUAGGGAGGAGAUUCCGGUGUGGGAUACAUCGCGCGGGCCUGACAGGACCUGCAGCUUCCGGCUUGAACAUGCGUCCCAGAGCUGACGAGGAGCCCGUCUGCUUUUGAGGAGUCCCUCAUUCCACCUAGCCGCUUUAUUUAUUUUUUUCUAGGCAGUAACGUCCAAGAUGUCGUCCGCUCGCUUUGAUUCUUCUGACCGCUCAAGCUGGUACUUCGGACCUGUGUCACGGCAUGAGGCUCAGUCGCGACUGCAGGGCCAACGUCACGGUGUGUUUCUGGUGCGUGACUCUUCUACCUGUCCCGGCGAUCACGUGUUGUCUGUGUCCGAGAACUCGAGGGUCUCCCACUACAUCAUCAACUCUCUGCCCGGCCGCAGGUACAAGAUCGGUGACCAGGAAUUUGAUAACCUCCCGGCCCUUCUGGACUUUUACAAGAUCCACUAUUUAGACACCACUACCCUCAUCGAGCCCGCACCCAGGUAUCCAAGUCCGCCUGUGUGCACCAGCUCAGUACCUAACGUACCAGCUUCUGAGGAGAACUUGGAAUAUGUGCGGACUCUGUAUGACUUCCCUGGCAACGAUGCCGAGGAUCUGCCUUUUAAGAAGGGGGAAAUUUUAAUCAUUGUAGAAAAGCCAGAGGAACAAUGGUGGAGUGCCCGCAAUAAAGACGGUCGUGUCGGAAUGAUUCCCGUUCCUUAUGUGGAGAAGCUGUCCCGUCUUUCUAUCCACGGGAAGAUGGGAAAUAGGAAUUCCAACAGCUAUGGCAUCCCAGAGCCAGCGCAUGCUUAUGCCCAGCCUCAGACCCCAAGUCCGCUCCCUGCUUCCUCCACGCCACCUGGGGCUGUGAUCACCCCGUUACCAUCGACCCAGAAUGGACCUGUCUACGCUAAAGCGAUUCAGAAAAGAGUACCGUGUGCUUACGACAAGACGGCUCUGGCAUUAGAGGUGGGAGACCUGGUGAAAGUGACUCGGAUGAACAUAAAUGGCCAGUGGGAAGGUGAGGUGAAUGGUCGGAAAGGGCUUUUUCCAUUCACACAUGUCAAAAUAAUCGACCCUCAGAAUCCAGAUGAGAACGAGUGACCGGUUUCUUCUCCCUUCAGCGUUCUGCCACAUCUCUCCCUCAGCCUUGUUCCAGAUCGUCUGAAAUUUCCUGGCAUACCCCUCACCUCAUUUUUUCCAGCCGCAUUGUUAAUUGACACAUCUGAAAAUAACACGUUGCAAAGUUCACCUACUGACGCAUGUAACAUAGCUGUGUUUGUCCAUAACGCAAAGCUGCUGCUUAUCAUGUGCUCAACGCCCUGAACAAGCUUAUGGAGUCUGGCAGCAUUGCCGGUCUGGAUUGACUGCUUGGGCAAAAAUCCUACUCACUGUUACUUGGAGAAUAAUGUGUUCACAUUCAGAUGCCUGUGGUUUUUCUUGAGCAAAUUUAAAUCAGUCUUGUCUGAUUACUUUCUGUCUGGGGAAAGCUCCAUCUCGUACAGGAGAUAACCCAGCAGCAGCUCCGGACAAAAAUCGCUACAAUGCAAGGAUAUUUCUUGUCGGGUAAAUUUUGUGGCCUCUUUGAACUGUCAAGAUCCACCAGGUCGUUGAAGUCAUUUGAAAUGAGGCCUUUAUUUAAAAAGAAAACCAUUGCUCUGCUAGACAUGAAUUAUCAGAUGCCUAAUUACCCUUUCAUGUGCACAGAAUGCUGUGUCUCUGGGUAAGAACUUUGCCUGCCUGACCUUCUGGACAGAUCUUAACGCAUGUGUAUCAUGCACCAUUGUGAUUCACCCUCUGUGCCAUUAUUUGAAGAGUUUAGCAGAUAGACCUCAUUGGGACUCCUUAUUUAGUGAAUGUGCCAUUUUUUUUAUUUUUAGGAAAACGAUUGUUUUAAAAAUGACAACUUUGUUCAGAAAUGAGUUUCUCUGCAGCUUCGCUCUCCCUAGGAUGUUGCUUUUAUUUUAAGGAAUUGGAAAAG